AUGAUGGGGAGUUCUUUUAGACCAGCAGACUAUUUGUCGCAUAAUAUUCACCAUGUUUCUUCUCAACACGAUAAUAUGCAGAACACGCGUGGUAAACAUAGACGGAUGCAUUCAGACGGGUCUGCCUGUAUCACCACAUCUUCCUGUGAUCCUCUGAUCUCAAAUCAAACAAAUGCAGAUUGGAUGCCACAGGGUGCUGUCAGGAGGCGAAAGUUGCCGAAGUUUUGCCUGCCCAGCGAUUCUUCGAACCAUGUGGCCACCAACGCAUAUACACCACAACCGUCUUGGGAUCUAAAUUCUUCUGUUACUGACUUGCAGUCACUAACUGUUCCCAAAACGAAUCACUCUCCCUUGUGCGCACAUCGUCGAUCUGCUAGUUAUGGUGGAGAUUACUUCACGUUCGCGGCUCAUGAGAUUGGAGAGGCUGCUAGUAGGGCUGUAGAACAAGCAGAAGAGUUGGUUAUUCACCUUUGGAAAAAAGGGUGGAGAGUAGUUCAUCACCAUAGCUUACCACACUGGUUAAAAGACAACGAUUUUCUUCUCCGGGGUCACCGUCCGCAACUCCCAUCAUUUCGUGAAUGCUUCCGUUCUAUCUUCCGACUUCAUACGGAAACAGGAAAUAUUUGGACACAUCUCAUUGGUUUCGUUUGUUUUCUGAUCUUGAGUAUCUCAUUUCUAGUUCAUCCGGGUUUAAAUAUACAUUGGCAAGAGAAAAUGGUUGUUCAGGUAUUUUUUACAAGCGCCAUUCUUGCACUUGGUUUUUCAUGGUUGUUUCACACAGUUUACUGCCAUUCAGAACGUGUUGGUAAAUUAUUCAACAAAUUGGACUAUGUUGGAAUAUCAUUACUUGUUAUCGGUUCAUUUAUCCCAUGGAUCCAUUAUUCUUUCUAUUGUUAUAAUUCAUUCAAACUUGUUUAUAUUUUGGCUGUGCUGAUACUUGGUGGAUUUUGCGCUUUUGUAUGCACGCAAGAUUAUUUUCUUAGCCCAACGUAUCGUGCAGCUAGAGCACUUUUGUUUAUUGCUCUUGGUCUAUCGGGAGUGGUUCCAUGUGUACAUUAUAUUCUAAUUGAAGAUCUUCAAGAGGGUGUUCAUUAUUCUGCACUGGGAUGGCUAAUUCUAAUGGCUGUACUAUAUAUAUCAGGAGCUACCAUUUAUGCACUACGUAUACCUGAGCGUCUUUAUCCUGGUAAAUUUGAUAUUUGGUUCCAAAGUCAUCAAAUAUUUCAUGUAUUUGUUGUAUUGGCUGCCUUAGUACACUUGAAUGGUAUUAUGGAAAUUGCUCAGCAUCGAUUAAGCAAAGGCGGUUGCGAUAAUCAACUGUAA